CUUGACCUUGAAUCCGCUGUGCUUGUGUCAAUUAGUCACCGUAUUGCUAUUCGCUUUUUGAAAGGCUCGCACUACCAUCAGAGUGAAGCAUCGAGAUGACGUAAUCUGCAACAGCUUAAGCUUGAGCUUUAGGACAAAACAAAAUUACUUCGACCAACGCCACGAUAGGGCAGACAAGACUCACGCAUAUCAUCAGGUCAUCUGCGAAUGAACUAGCGGCAGCUUGGAUUGAUUGAAUACUCACGCAGACAGCAUUCACAUAUCUAGAUACAUAGAAGCAAUCUUCCAAGAUGCUGCCAGCGGCAAGGUGGUCGUGGAGAUUACCGCGGGAGUACAUUCGCACAUUCGCAACGCAUAUCACACCCUCACCACCUAGGCCUCAUGUUCGACUACAAAGAUACACUCGUCCGCAGCGCCGAGCUCCAGCAUUCUCGUCGAAACCGCCUGAGCCUCCUUCGAACACCCCAAACGACUCUCCAAAAGAUGCCUCGAAAGUCGAAGCCGUAUCCAUUGCCCUCUCCACGACUCCCGACUCCGAAAACAACCUCAUAACACCUGUAUAUAUGCCCGAAGACCCGCAUGCUAUUCUCAAAGAAACCCAUCCCGCGAUGCGACUGCUCGACAAUUCAGCAAUCGUGGUACAACGGCAGCUGGAGAUGAUGAACGUGUUGAUGGGCUUCGAGCAAGCAAAUCGCUACGUCAUUAUGGACCCUCAUGGCAAUCACAUCGGAUACCUAGCAGAGCAGGAGCACGGCAUAGGCAAUGCCGUGGCAAGGCAGAUGCUCAAGACACAUCGGAGUUUCACAACCCACGUCUUUGAUCGGGAGGAGAAAGAAAUUCUACGAUUUCACAGGCCUUUCAGCUGGAUCAACUCAAGAAUACGAGUCUACGAUGCUGUGGGCAAAGACAACGCGUACACUAGUUCUACCAGCCUACAAGGGACAAGCGCUGCGAGUGUUUUGAACCAGACGAACGCGAAUGUGUCGAGCCUGGCUCUAAGGGACAUGCGAAUCAUUGGUUCGGCAGAGCAGGAGUGGGCGCCACUGAGGAGAAAGUACAAUAUGUUUCUUGCUAGAAAUCUCGGGAACGAUGCUGCCGCAGUUGGUACAUCACAGAUAGCAUCAGGCGACCUGCCACUAUCCAGCUCGAAAGCCGUAGCCAUAGUAGAAGGAGACACAAGAGAAGUCGGUAUGCUGCAAUUCGCCCGCGUAGAUGAACCCUUUUUGUCUUGGGACUUCAGCUUGACGUCUGAAGACGGUCGACUGGUUGGCUCCGUGAACCGCAACUUUGCGGGCUUCGCGCGCGAGAUUUUCACGGAUACUGGUGUAUAUGCGCUGAGGAUGGAUGCUGCUGGAUUGGUCAAUGAGCCUUCACAUCUUGUUUCGCAAACUGGUGAUCGAAGUAAAUCCUCGCUAGAAGGAUAUCCAGGCAUGACCCUCGACCAGCGCGCAGUCAUGCUAGCCACAGCCGUUUCCAUAGAUUUUGAUUAUUUCAGUCGGCAUAGCGGAUCAGGAGGCAUGUGGCCAAUGUGGAUGCCCGUGUGGUGGGGCGGCGGCGAAGCGGCAGGUGGAGCCGCCGCUGGAGAAGCUGGCGCUGCUGGAGCCGGUGCUGUAGGAGCAGCAGGCGGAACAGGCAUCGCAAGUGAAGCUGGAGCAGCAGCGCGAGGUCUCGGUUCCGCCGAAGGUGUGGCAGCGGGCGCAGGAACGAUGGCGGGUUAUGAGGCGAUGCAGAGGGGCAGAGAAUCGAGACAACAGCAGCAAGAUCCAAAUGAUGAUGCUUCACCACAGGCAGCGGAUCCAUAUCAAGCAAACCCGGAUCAGCAACCAGGGACACAACAGGGUCAGGAAGACGUAUGGGGUCAGAGUCAAGACCCGUGGGCACAAGACAGCAAGGACCAGGACCUCUGGGGUGGGCAAGAUGAGCAACAAGGAGGUAGUGAUGGCGGAGGAGACUCGGACUGGGGUGACUGGUUCUGAGCGACUGUAAGAUCAUGGCUUGUAUAAACAGCGUGUUGCAACAAUACCCACUGUAUAUGGCCUCACCAAUAAACAAUGUUUCCAAAGCUCUUCAGUUUCGCGCUUGGACAUACAUCUAAUAUUAGCAAAAUUCGAAGGAACACACGAAUCCAGGCUUCUCAAAUUGUAGAAUUGCAUUGUACACUUUCAUAUCAAAGCACUUGCUAGUUCAACGCC